CCCAGGUAUGCGCGGCCGCGGCCUUCGCUGCUCUCAGAAAGAAACACAGUUCGCUGAAAGCUCCAGGGAACCUAGGAAGGGGUCAGAGCUCCAGUUGUAGUGUCCCUGGCUCCUCUCGGAUCCCAGAAGGAACCCGGCUCUACCCGAAUGCCUAGGAAUCUCCCCCCACCCGGCCCCCCACCCCUGGCUGUUGUCUGGGAUGUCCACUGGAAGUUAUGGGGAGUUCUGAUUUCUCCCAGCCUCCUUUCCUUCCUCAACCUAGACUUAACAAAAGACUGUUUGAUUAGGUUGAUGAAUUUCCAAACAUUGAAGGAGUUUUUCAUUUCUGGGAUAAAUCCCACCUACUCAAUUGCUUUCCUGCUAUAGUCAGACGUGAUUUGAUGAGCUCAUCAGUGGGAUGAAGGGGAAAAAAUGUCACACCUGUGCUGAAAGAAGUGCUAAAGGAAGUUCUUUAGGCUGAACGGAAAUGAUACCACAUGGAAGCUGAGAACUUCAGAAAUGAAGAAGGAGCACCAGAAAUAGUAAGGUCUCUGCCUUUCCCUAAAAAAAGGAGGAGAAAAUGACCAAAUUCCAGGAAAUGGUGACGUUCAAGGACGUGGCUGUGCUCUUCAGUGAGGAGGAGCUGGGGCUGCUGGACUCUGCUCAGAGGAAGCUGUACCGAGAUGUGAUGCUGGAGAACUUCAGGAACCUGCUCUCAGUGGCACAUCAGCCCUUCAAACCAGACCUGAUAGCCCAGUUGGAGAGAGAAGAAAAGCUUUUAAUAGUGGAGGCAAAAAUCCAAAGAGAUGGAUAUUCAGGAAGCAUCAGUMAACCCAAGACAGAGAAUGUUCAAGAAGCGGGAUUAAGCUACUUUUCCCCCAAAGAGCUUUCUUCCUGUCAGACUUGGCAACAAGGUGCAGGCAGGUUAACCAGGGAUCAGGAUUCUAUGAAAAACUUUCAGGACAAGGAUUUCCAGUUGCAAAAACAAGGUGAUCUUCUCUACCAGAUUUGGACAGAAAUGCCAAUUCAGAUUUCUGAAGAUGGGAACUACAUAUUGACUCAUCAUGUAGGGGAUGAUUCAAAUUAUGUAAAAAAUCAAGAAUUUCCAUCUUGGAGAGACCAGCAGUAUUGGAGGAAAAUGUAUCUGACAGAGUCACAUAAUUAUCAAUGUAAAUGCCAACAAAUUUCCACAAGAAAUAAUUCCUGUAGGUGUGGCAGYGUCAGAUGGAUCUCACAUCACAAUGAUAAUCUGAAAGUACACAGAAGUGGAAAAGGUGGGAGUUGUCAUGACUGUGGAGAAGAUACCAUGAUGGCAUCAUUAGUUCAUCAGGACUCAGUUCAAACAGGGCAGAAGCUCUGCCCAUGUUCUGAGUAUAGAAAAGCCUUCAGCAGUGACUGCAAUUCUCAAGUUAAUCAGCAGUUCCACUUAGAAGGGAAGCCCUGCACAUAUAGUCCAUGUGGAAAAGGCUGUAGCUAUAGGUCAAUUCUUCAUCUACAUCCAAGUGUUCAGAGGGGAGAUGAAGAUGUUGGUGAGAGUUCACAUCUGCAAUCUCAUCAGAGAGAGUGUACAGAGAAACUAUGCAAAUGUGCUGGAUAUAGAAAGAAUUUUAAUAAUUUCUCUUCUAUAAACACUUUUGAACUUAACCACACAGGAGAAACAUCCGAGAGGUGCAACCUUUAUAAGAAAUCCUUCAGUUAUAGCUUAGAUCUUAAAAGCAUUUUUAGGGUCCAUACUAGGGAGGAACCCCAUGAUUAUGAGGAGAAUGGGAAUAUUUUAAACCAGAGUUCAUGUCUUCAAGCUCAUCAGAAAAUGCAACCUGCAGAGAAACUAUACACAGGUGUGAAAUAUGGGAAAGAUUCCAUUUGUAGUUCAGAGCUUAGUGUUGAACAUAGAGUUCACAUGGAAGAGCAUCCCUAUAAUUCUAAGGAAUGCAGUAAUGACUUCAGUCUGGCUUCACAGCAUCAGGACUUUCAGGUGGUCUACCCUAGGCAACAGCCGUAUAAACACUAUGUAUGCAGUAGCAACUUCAGGCACAACUCAAAUGUUCAAGGCCAUCAGAAAAUUCACAUUGGAGAAAAACCUUAUAAGGAGUGUGGAAAUGGCUUCAACUGGAGUUCAAAACUCAAAGAUCAUCAGAGAGUCCACACUGGACAAAAGCCGUACAAAUGCAAUGUGUGUGGCAAAGCCUUCAGUCAUAGAUCCGUUCUCAAUGUUCAUCAGAGAGUCCACACAGGAGAAAAACCUUAUAAAUGUGAGGAGUGUGAUAAGGGCUUUAGUCGGAGCUCAUACCUUCAAGCCCAUCAGAGAGUCCACUCCGGAGAAAAACCAUACAAAUGUGAGGAGUGCGGGAAGGGCUUCAGUCGGAACUCCUACCUUCAAGGCCAUCAGAGAGUUCACACUGGAGAAAAGCCAUAUAAGUGUGAGGAGUGUGGGAAGGGCUUCAGUCGGAGUUCACACCUUCAAGGCCACCAGAGAGUUCACACUGGAGAAAAACCUUUCAAAUGUGAGGAGUGUGGGAAGGGGUUCAGUUGGAGUUUCAAUCUUCAAAUUCAUCAGCGGGUUCACACAGGAGAAAAACCCUACAAGUGUGGAGAAUGUGGUAAAGGCUUCAGUAAGGCCUCAACUCUUCUGGCCCACCAGAGAGUCCACACAGGAGAGAAACCMUACCAGUGUGAUGAGUGUGGGAAGAGCUUCAGUCAGAGAUCAUACCUUCAAAGUCAUCAGAGUGUCCACUCUGGAGAGAGACCAUAUAUUUGUGAGUUAUGUGGGAAGGGCUUCAGUCAGAGAGCAUAUCUACAAGGUCAUCAGAGAGUCCACACAAGAGUGAAACCAUAUAAAUGUGAGAUGUGUGGAAAGGGCUUUAGUCAGAGUUCACGCCUUGAAGCACAUCGGAGGGUCCAUACAGGAGGGAAACCAUACAAAUGCGAGAUGUGCACCAAGGGCUUUAGUGAGAGCUCACGCCUUCAAGCACAUCAGAGGAUCCAUACGRAAGGGAGACCCUACAAAUGUGAACAGUGUGGUAAAGGUUUCAGUGGGUUUUCAAGUCUUCAAGCCCAUCACAGAGUACACACUGGGGAGAAGCCAUACAAAUGUGAGGUGUGUGGAAAGGGCUUCAGCCAGAGAUCAAACCUCCAGGCUCAUCAGAGAGUGCACACGGGAGAAAAGCCGUACAAAUGUGAUGCAUGUGGUAAGGGUUUUCGUUGGAGCUCAGGUCUUUUAAUUCAUCAGAGAGUCCAUAGUGGUGACAAAUUCUAUAGAAGUGAAGAAUUUGGUAAGGAUUAUCCUGCUGCAGAAAAUCUACACAGAAAUGAAGGUUUGUAAAGUUUCUGGUUUGUAUUGAAGUCCUCAAAGGGGAGAUGAAAUUUCCUAGUCAUUAGAGUUCUUUUAGUGGGCAGAAAAGCUUUUUACAGUGAAAAUGUAAUAACCCCCCCCCCAAUAUCAACAUUUAUGAUGGUUAGGAGACCACACAGCAAAGACCUCCGAUGAGAGGGGCUACUAACAGAUUUUGUCAAAAAUUUUAAAAAUCAUUGUACCAGAAGCGAGGGCUUACAAAAUAUGAGAGUGUGGUCAGGAAUUUAACAGAAGUAUAAUGGUCAUCAUGCUUGAUUCCAUGCCCAGUAAGAUGUAAACCCCAUUAAAGAAGGGAAUUUGCUCAUUGCUGAGUCUACAAAAUCAUGACAUUUCACAACUUGGAGUAGGUGCUCAGGAUUUUAUGCUAAGUGAGUAAAAGUAUAUAAAUAUAUACAUAAUAUUUGAAAAUUUUAUGGAACUCAUUUCAAAAAAACUUUCGUUUAAAAAUGGAAUUGGAAGAAGAAUUCUACAACUAAUCUUAGUAUCACUUCAAGUAAAUAUUUGAAAUAUAGAAUAUCAGACAAUAUUGCAAUUUGAAUUAAUUUGAAUUUGGUUGUAACCCUUUUAGGACUGGUUUCCAUAUUUUAUCCUCUUAAAUGGGGGUAUGCAGAAUUUCUUAGUUGUUCUCUUUCUAUACAGCAUACUCAAUUUCUGUUUGGCACCCUCUCCCUGUCUCCUCUCCUCCUACUCCUUCUUCUGCCYCCUUUUCCUSUGUGUGUGUGUGUGUGUGUGUGUGUGUACACAAGUGUGCACUUUAAAUGACAAUACAAACUGAUAAACUGUUUCUCGUUAACAAAAACAGAAUGCUGCAUUUUAAAUAAUUGAAUUUUUACUUCUGCCCUAUGUUAAGGCAGAAUUUUACUGUAACAUUUGGAAAGUGUCAGUAGUGAUUACUGAUGWCUAAUACAUUUAAAUAAAUGUCAGAGUUAUAAUGGCUUUUUAAAAAACUCUCCAUAUUUCCAUUAAAGUCCAUUUGAUCAGACUGAUUUUUAAGUGUUGGUGUUGUCUCUAAUCCAGACCUUUGUAGGCAGGGUGUGUGGCAAGCUUGAAGAACUUUUAAGUUCUCUGUACUCACACUUUCCCAACUUGCACAAAGGGGAAAAUCUUGAAUUUUUGAAAGCAUUUAACCAGUUGACUAUUAGGACAGUAUUGCCAUUUACUUGCUGAUCUCAGUUUUCCAGAAUAAUGCAUUUUAUUGUUGGGAGUGAAAAAUACAAGUUUCUCAUCCAAUACAUAUCAAACUCUUGUGUAUAUAGUCAUGUAUCACCUAAGAACAGAGACACAUUCUGAGAAAUGUAGGGCAAUUUCAUUGGGUGAACAUCAUAGCAUGUACUUAAUACAAACCAAGAUGUCUACAACAUCGCCCAGCAAUAUAAUCUUAUAGGACUCUCUUCAU